GAACAGCUUUUCCGGCUAAUCCGAUUAUCCGCGAGAUGGGCCGGCGCCCACUCCACCGUCCAUCCGACGGCUGGGAUCACGACAGAGCGAGGCCAUCCAUCUCCUCCCGUCGGCCGUCAUCGCUAGUGUCUCGUCCACUGCCAUCUCCUAUCUCCAGCGGCGGUGGUGGCCUAGUGUGAGCCCAGGCUCCCCAGCCGCGCACAACUCCGGCGGCCGACGGCCAGAUAUUCGAGGAACCCGUCCCGUUCCGUUGCAGAUACCCAGAUUGCGGCGGUGAGAGACAAGGUCUUGGCCUUUGCCUUCUGUUCCGGCGGAAUCCGUUCGGGACCGCCUCGCUCGGCUGCUCGCGACGGCGGCGGCGGCGGCGGCGGCGGAUUCCCUGAUUCGGAGUGUUCUUGCGUCGCGGCCGAGGUGUCCGGGAAUCGAUCUGAAUCAGCGCCUUAUCAGUGAGGAAAAGGGAGGAGGGAGAAUGGCUGAUAUCCAGCUAGGAUGCCACACUAUAAGGUCCCAUGGUCCCAAAGUGGCAAGAUUACAUAUGUAUGACUGGAUCAUACUUCUCUGUCUUGCUGUCCUGGAUGGACUGUUAAACAUAAUUGAGCCUUUUCACCGCUUUGUUGGACGGGAUAUGAUGACUGACUUGCGCUAUCCUCUAAAGGGCAACACAAUUCCAUUUUGGGCUGUUCCACUUAUUGCAAUAGUGCUACCCUGGGUUGUCUUUGCUGGAAUUUACUUUAAAAAGAAAAAUGUCUAUGAUUUACACCAUGGCAUACUAGGGAUUUUAUAUUCAGUGCUUAUAACUGCUGUGAUUACUGAUGCAAUUAAGGAUGGUGUUGGCCGCCCUCGCCCAGACUUCUUUUGGCGUUGUUUCCCUGACGGCAUACCUAAUUAUGAUAAUGUCACCACUGAUGUCAUUUGUCAUGGAGAAAAGAGUGUCAUCAAAGAAGGUCACAAGAGCUUCCCAAGUGGACAUUCUUCAUGGUCUUUUGCUGGUCUAGGUUUUCUUGCGUGGUACUUGGCUGGCAAACUUAAAGCUUUUGAUCGCAAAGGUCAUAUUGCAAAACUGUGCCUAGUAUUUCUGCCUCUCCUUGUUGCGUCUCUUGUUGCAGUUUCUCGGGUUGAUGAUUACUGGCAUCACUGGCAAGAUGUGUUUGCAGGAGGCAUCUUAGGUCUUACAGUUGCUUCAUUCUGUUACCUGCAGUUCUUCCCGUAUCCCUUUGACAAUGAUGCUAUAUGGCCUCAUGCAUACUUCCAACAGCUAGCUGAAACGCACAGCAAUGGUAAUGCAAACUCAUUCGAAGUAAGACCUGCGGAGCUUGAAGAUGAAGAAGGUCAUGGCGGCAUUGCCUUGAGAGACACCAGCCCUAUCUUGGAGUCAAUGGAGUCUGGCAGGAGACCGUGAAGCAUUGCACUGCAAGCAUCUCCAAGGUUCUAAUCCUUCCGUUCUUUAUGAGUUUGAAUUCUGGAAGCAUGGCGACUUGGCAAGUUGCAUGGUUGUAAAGAGUGUGUGGAGUUAUGUCUACCACCUUCCUUGAUCAUUGACUUGGCUGUUUCUUGUGAUAGUGCACGGGCCUUAAUACCAUGGCAUAAUAGCUGUUGCGGUUAGAUGUAAAUGACAGUGAAUGUUUAUGUUUUCAGUGACAAUGUGAAUAGCUGGUGUUGGACGUUUGGUGUAGUUUGUAGUCAACGUUUCCCUUUGGUUGUAAAUGAAAUCGAUGGAUGGCGUGCGAAUGGUUGCAAAGUGCUUCAGAAAUUAGUAAUUCUCCAA